GUCAUCAUCCCCAAGCGUAACUGAAGCUCCCUUCCUCUCUCUUUCUGCAUCUCCGUACCUCGAGCUCCACAACCAUGGAGAACAUAGGCGACGAAUUCAAGCAUUACUGGGAGACGCAAAUGUUCUACCAAACAGAAGAGCUCGACAGCAGCUGGGGACUGGACGAGCCAAUCUCCGGCUACUACGACUCGAGCUCGCCGGACGGCGGUGCCUCUUCGUCGGCGGCCUCCAAGAACAUCGUCUCGGAGAGGAAUCGCCGGAAGAAGCUCAACGAUCGGCUCUUCGCUCUUAGAGCAGUGGUUCCCCACAUUAGCAAGAUGGAUAAGGCGUCGAUAAUAAAGGAUGCUAUAGAGUACAUUCAAGACUUGCACAAACAAGAGAAAAGCAUCGAAGCAGAGAUAACGGAGCUCGAAUCUGGGAUGAACAUGAACAUGAACAUGAACAUGAACAUGAUGAUGAUGAGCAGCAACGGUGUAAAUCAGAAUUCAAGCUUCGAAUACGAGCAAGACCUGCCUGUGCUUCUCAGAUCCAAGAGGAACAAGACAGAGCAGCAGCUUUUUGAGUCCGUCAGCUCAAGAACUUCCCCCAUUGAGGUCCAUGAGCUAAGAGUGACAUACAUGGGAGAAAAGACAGUGGUGGUGAGCUUGACGUGCAGCAAGAGGACAGACACAAUGGUAAAGCUGUGUGAAAUGUUUGAAUCCUUGAAGCUCAAGAUUAUUACUGCCAACAUCACCUGCUUCUCUGGCAGGCUCCUCAAGACCGUCUUCAUUCAGGCGGAUGAAGAAGAGAAAGACGUUGUACAGAUAAAGAUCCAGGCAGCCAUUGCAGCCCUAAAUGAUCUUGAAAGCCCAAUGACCAUGUAAUCACAAAUAAAAUUACUAGGAAAUUUAGGGGGCUCUCUUCAGUUCAGUUGUUUGUGUCUUCCUCUUCUACGUAUCUUCCUUGAUCUCAAUUAUGAGUCUUCAGAUCACUUAGUUUUAGUCUUAAAUGUUCUUUCAAAUGUCUAAAAGCCAUAACUAGUCGUUGUAAGCUUGUACUUUCCUGGAAUGAUAAUAAAGUUGCAUUUCAUAUA